CAACUUUUCCGCUACACAACCUCAGAUACUAGAUAUGCUGUGGCAAUGUCUCAGACAGCCACAGAGACAGAGAGUAAGUGAGGUAACUGCAUGUGUGCUAAUGAACUAGAAGAUAACUACAGGAACUGACAGUUGGAGGAGUGUGAACCAUCUUUACGAACGCUCACACUUUCACACGCUAUACUACAAUGCAUCAAGCAACAGACUACACUCUCCUGGGAGCAUCAGGGACAUCACCACCCGAACUGCCCAUCAAACAGCGCAGGAGCAAGUCUUCUUCAAACUCCAUCAAGGAUCUAGAGCUGAAGGUGGGAGACCUACACUUGCCUGGACCUCAGACCCCAGCAUCUCCAUUUAUUGAAGUGUUCACUCCUACUGAUUGUAAUGCAGUCCACUGUCCAAUACAUCAUCGCUAUGAAAAUCACCAGGUGCGAUUCUUCUCAGAUGAAAUUCCGCCUCCAGUACCCAAAAAGAGUCUGACGAGAACCCUAUCCCUCCCAGCGGAGACUCUGGACCCUCCUUACCAUGAUCAUAGAAGAACCAGCAACUAUGAAAAUCCCCUAUACAUGACAACGCCAUUCCAUGACACACUUAUAAUACAAGAAGAAGAAGCAGAGGAGUAUCAGGGUUUGUCCAUGCACAGGGUGAACUUUGAUACACCAGAUGAGCAACUUCAAAGUGUCUUCAGAAGCUUCCAGAGCCAUGAGCAAGUUCCCAUGAGCAUCCAAGAAUGUUAUCUUCAGUUUCUCAAGAACACGUUGCAGAACAUUGAAUCGAGCAUCUUCCUAAAUGAACAUGAAAUGGAGAUAGCAAAGACUUCUCAGCCUAAUGACUUUAUUUUGUGUGAGCAGCAGUGGACUGCUUUCUACUUGGUGUGUUGUCCGAAGGUUCCUGGGAGACUGUUUUCAGCAAAGGUUCACAGAGGUGAUUCAGUAUCAGACUGCACCAUGUCCACGCCACAUCCUAACAUUGAGCAAGGCUUGAUCCAUUUUCCACAAUGUACAGCUACAGAUCAAAGUUCCAUCUCACAGCAUGCUCAGACAACUCCAGAGCCUUCACAUGGGGACACCACUGAAGUAUGCCAACAGCAAACAGUUGCUGAUCUUCUGGAGAAUGGUGUUAGUGUGACUGUGCUAAGAGACUUUCCAUUGGGAACACUGGAGGACUUCGUUGAGGAAGGACACUCUUUGCACUCUACCCUUCCAGAGGUUUAUGAGAGGAGGCUUUGUCUUCUUGCCCUCCAGUUGGUACUAGGACUACAGCAACCGGGAUGUUUUAAAGGCAUUCAAGUGGAACUGAAACCACAGAGUGUGACAUUAGUGUGGCCUAGUAUCAUGCGGAAAGUGACUGUCCCUAGGGGUUACCCAAGUGAGAUGAAAAAGGGAAGCUUGAAUACAGACACUUCUACAGGUACACCCAUGAUCACAGUAUCCAAAGAGCCAACAGACAAGAGGACAAAAACCUUGUGGGAGAAGUGGGGCACCCCUCGUUUGGUCCUGAAGAGCCAUUUUGAGGACGAAGUUUCGCAAGAAGCAACAUCCCAAGAGUUCCAGUUGGGGACUUUGCUGAGGUACUGCCUACAUCUCACUGACAGUUGCUCAUCUGUGUGGAAGGUGCCACAAGACACUCCAUACACUCCAGGUUUGCUGUGGCUGGUAACCCAGCUUACAUCUGAGAAACCUGAGCUACUAUUAGCCGAUGUGGCAGGUGUCCUCCAGGCCCUGCUUUGGGGUCCUCGACAAGGACUCUUUCAACAGAACCAAAUGGGGAACUCUGUGUUUUCUAAUUGGCUGUUAUUUAAACGAUCUCUUUUGGUUCUCAAGCUUGCCGAAAAGGGACUGUUUCGGGAUAAGCCUGGCUUGGACUGGGAAGACUAUCUCUGUCUGCAAUAUCUAUCCCUUACUGACCCAGAGACUAUGCACAGCAUAACUAAACGUCUGGGCCUUCAUGACUUCAUUACACCUUCUUAACAGAUAAAAAUGAAAAAUGGUAAAUUACAGCAAUUGAUGAGCCUCAGAUAUAACUAAUCUAUAGUUUAGAAUAUAGCUAUAUGAUCUAAAUGAAUGGUUCUAAAAUCUAAAAAACUGAUCACCUUGUGCCAUAUUUGUAAUUCGUAUUCAUGAACUGCUGGGUACUUGAGGACCCCUGCACAAACCUCCCAUUUGCAGUAAAAGUCUAUGCAAUAUAAACUAUUAUUGCAAAAUCAGCUAAUUGUUGGAGUAUGUAUGACCUUGUGGCAUUUACUUAUUAAAAUUACCUGGAAAAAUAAA